AUUCUCUUCUGCUUGAUCCUCUCUGCAGCCGCCGAUUUUCCCUCAAACCAGGCGGGAAAACAGGACCAGCCCUGGUGUGGUCGGGGAGCAGCGCUGACCCCAAAGGGCUGCAUUUCCCCUGCCGAUCGUCCUGCUCUGCCCUCCCCCGGGGCUGGCUCUGCCUGGCGCUGGCCGGACGUGCCGGGGCUCCUCACUGAGCAAAGCCCUUGCCAAAGUUGAGGGGCAAGUGCCGAGCCCGGCUGGCCUGGGAGGAAGCGACAGCAGCGCGGGCCGAGCGGGCGGGAUGGGGUCCGAGCAGCGGCGGGAAGUUGCAAACUUGGCAGCCAAGAAGUUGAACUAAAGUGAAGCAGCUCCAAAAGGCCGUGGUCUUGGCGUGGGGGCGGGAGGAAGGGGAGCUCCGUGACUGCGGCCGGGGCUGGUUGGGAGCGGAGCGGCCGGGGCUGCCCCCGGGGCUCGCGGGGGCCAACGGGGAACGGACAAACGGACCAACGGACCAACGGCCCCUGCGCUUCGGCAGCAGCAGCGGCGGCAGCAGCGACUGUAGCGACGCGCUCUCGUCUGACUCUUGUUCGGGCUCUCCUUGCUCGAGCUCUUCGUCCUCCUCUCCCUCUCCCGGUGUCCCGCUGUCCCAGUGUCCCUGUGCUGGUGUCCCUGUGCCGGUGUCCCUGUGCCAGUGUCCCACUCCCGCUGUCCCUGUCCCGUUCCCGGUCCCCCCUCCCCUUGCCGGCCCGGCCCAUGGCCCCGGCCGUUCCCCUGUGCCGGGCGGGGCCGCCCCGUCCCCGGCCCUGGGCGGCCCGGCGCGGUCUCGCCCUCGCCCGGCUCCCGGCGCGCCGGUUGUGGCGCUGCUGGGCGCUCCUGUGGGGCUGGCUGUGGGACGGGCUCGGCCUCGCCGCCCCUUGGCUCCGCCUGGCUCGAGCCCGGCGCCUGCCGGGGCCGGCGGGGGCCGCGGGCGCCGCGGCCGCUGCCGCCUCCUCGGCGGCUUCCCCGGCCAGAGCUCCGCCGCUCGCCAGCCCGGCCGCCGGCAGCGAGCCGCCGCUGCCCGCUGCGGCUGGGGAAGCCCGGCCCGGGCCGCUUGAGGGGCGCUCGGGGGCCGUGCCGGGCCCCGGCCCCAACGCUGACGGCCACGUCUCGCCCGCACCGAAGGCCAAGGAGCCGCUGCACGAGCGCUACCGGCUGCAUUCGCUGCUGGGCAGCGGCGGCUUCGGCCGCGUCUACGCGGGGACCUGCCUGGCGGACGGAGCCCCGGUGAGUGCAGCAGGAGGAGGAGGAGGAGGAGGAGGAGGGCGGGACGGGCGGCGAGCUCAACCCGCCCUUCCCCUCGGCUUGCAGGUGGCCAUCAAAGCCGUGUCCCGGGAUGGCAUCCGGCGCUGGGGCGAGCUGCCCGACGGCACCCGGGCCCCCCUGGAGAUCGUGCUGCUGGACAAGGUGUCCAAUGGCUUCCCUGGGGUCAUCCAGCUGCUGGAGUGGUUCGAGCUCCCCAACGGGUUCCUGUUGGUGAUGGAGCAUCCGGAGCCGUCUCAGGACCUCUCUCGCUUACUGAGGGCGUGGGGGUUCCUGCCGGAGGAGAUGGCGUGGGGGCUGUUCCGCCAGGUGCUGCAGGCCGUGCGGCACUGCACCAGCUGCGGCGUCCUGCACCGGGACAUCAAGCCCCAGAACAUCCUCCUCCACCUGGCCAGCGGCGAGGCCAAGCUCCUGGACUUUGGAUGUGGCACCUUCCUUAAGGACACGGUCUACACCCAGUUUGCAGGAACACUGUCAUACAGCCCGCCAGAGUGGAUCUACCUCAAGCGCUACCACGGCGAGGAGGCGACCAUCUGGUCCCUGGGCAUCCUGCUCUACCAGAUGGUCUGCGGGAAGCACCCUUUCCGCAAAGGCCCCAACACCAUCUGGGACCAGCUCCCGUUCCCAGCACGGGUCUCUCCAGGCUGCCAGCACCUUAUCAGGUGGUGUUUGUCCAUCCGCCCCUCGGACAGGCCAGCACUGGAAGACCUGUUGUGCCAUCCUUGGGUGCAGGACAUUCCCCGGCCCUAGAAGACGGGAGAGAUCCACGUGCUCCCUUUGAUCCAGGGGCCUGGCAGACAGCUGGGCCCUCGGCAGAACGCUGACAGCCUGGUCUGGCCCCCAGGGAAGGAGAAGGGGCCUCUGCAGAAGCUGUGCCGGGUGGGCCUGCUGCUGGAGACAUCGAGGACGAUGUCAGGGAUGACAAGCUCUCAGUUGACCUGGACGCCGGCGAGCUGAAGAGGAUGGCCUUUGAUUCUGGCCCCUUCCUCCAAGCCGUGCUCCACACGCCGUUUGCAGAUGAGUCCACACCCAGGGGGUGCUCCCGGACACGGGCAUUGCUCAGCCUGGCUGGGCACCGAAGGUUCCCCCUUUGCUGAUGGGGAACCUGAGGAAUUCUUCAGCCGGCUGCCAAGCUGCUUCUUGGCAGGAGGGCGGGCGGGUGCUCUGGGCUGGGUGUGAAAUGGGAGCCCGGCUCUGCCCCCAGCCUCUGCCACUGCCCCUUUGCUGGGCGGGGCUGGGGCAGGGGCAGCCAGCCUGCCAAAAACAAACCCCCGUGGGGGGAGCAAAGGCGGGGCUGCAGAACACCAGCUGCUUUGGGCUGCAGGCCACGAAAGGCUUGGGCUGCCUUGGCUUAGGAGCCUUUCUUUGGGCCAGUGCAGCAGGGCAGGGAGAAGGCCUGGGUUUUCCUCAGCUGGAGGAGGGGGGGUUUUCCUUUGGCCUGCAGGGCUUGGGCCUUCCUCAGAACCCUGACAGAAGGUUAACAUUUUACCUUUUUUUCUUGUUUCCACUUUUGGUUUGUAAUCUCUGUUCAUGAAUUUGUUGUUUGUUUUCCAGGGAAGAGUUGGAGCUGGUGCCCAGUCCGGGUUGGGAAGGGCUGGGACCAUCCCUGGAGAGGAUCUGACGUCCCCUCUGAGAAGGCUGAGGACAUCCUUUGGGACACGCUCUUCUUGCGGCAGCAGAUCUUGGGAGGUAGAUGCUCAUCUUGCCCAUCUUGUCAGCAGCAGUGGGAUAAUGGCUUUGGGGAGAUGGCAGCAGGCACAUGAACAUCCCGCUCUUGCAGCUGCUGAGGAGGUUGAUCUCCUGGGCUUGGCUGGAGGAGGUGGCACCUGUGUUGAGUAAUUGCUGAAAUCCAAUCGAUCUGGGAUGACCCCAAAUGACAGUUUAGUUUUCAGCUUGCUCGAGCUGUAUCUCAGCAGCUUUUGGGUAUCAUUUUUGGCCCCCAGACAGGACACCUCUGCCUGAUCUCCCGCGGAUCCGAGGGAUCUCUGGAUCUUCACGCCAGCACCAGGACUUUGCUGCAGAAGAGCACAGAUCCCCAGCCCAGUCUGGGACACAGAACCUGUGAAAGGGCAGAAAGAUUGUGGUGUGAAUGCAGCACCCUCAGAGCCCUUGGUGUGAGCCGGGAAAGGAAAAUCAAGCUGAGGGACAAGAUCAGUCUAAUUUGGGGACAUUGUUGGAGGUUGGAGUUGCAGUUCUGGAAGAAAUCCCUGAGGAAAUGGUGCCCCGGGGAGAGGAAGAGGACGAGAGCAUGGGCAGCCUGCUUCAAACAUCCCCCCAGGAGACUUGGGAGCAGUCCCUGUGCAUCCUGUAAGAAAGAUGGACACUGGAAAUGGGAUUGUCCGCAAUCCCCCCAGAGAACCCUGAAGGAGACCCCAAAGGACCAACUAAGGACUUGCAAUAGGGGGGGUGACUGUGUAAAGUAAAGUAACAUCUAUGUCUUAAGUAAGGGAGAAUAUCUAAUGAAUCUGGAAACUGUGUGUGUCGUGUAAAGCCCUGUGUGGCUGUCACUGAAGUGCUGAGGCUGAACAACAGGCCCUGAGCCAAAGCUGAGCUCUAGAUGAACCUUCCAACCUAACAGUCUGUUUAUCCCUGUAUUUGCUCCUUAGCUAAAACUGUGUAUGUUUGUUGGUCAAAGAUGAAGUGUGGAAAGACUCCCCGUGUACCUGCCCCUGAACAAAAUAAAUGUGCUUCUUAGUGAGA